AUGGCGUCCUCUCCACUUCAGAAAACUUUUGAUGCCACUUCUCGAUUAACAAUCAAAGAACAAACACCUGAUGAGAUGUAUGGCAUACCUGAGAAUUCGCUCGAAAUUGAAGUUCGAAAUCCCCAAACUCAUGGGUUUGGUCGUAAAAUGUAUACAGACUAUGAAAUAGUGUGCAAAACGAAUAUACCAGCUUUUAAGCUUAAAUAUUCUAAAGUCAGGAGACGAUAUAGUGAUUUCGAAUGGUUUCGAGAUGUUCUCGAAAGGGAAUCAUCCAGAGUGAAUAUACCUCCUCUUCCUGGCAAAGUAUUUACUAAUCGUUUCUCAGAUGAAGUUAUUGAAGCUCGUCGAGAAGGGCUCGAGAGAUUCUUACAAAUGUGA